AAAACACUUUUUAUUAAUGUCCAGCAUACAAAUCAGUUUUCACUGUCGACUGUGUUAGAGCGACGAGAGGCGCACAGUCGCUGAAGAAAGGCCUCUCUAAGUUCUGAAGAGGUUAAGCCCUGUUGGCCUUGGUUUUGGGGCCGCUUUCGUCAGCGCAUCCACGUCUCCUAUACAAGACCACGAUGCCUCGAGAUGCGUUUGUAAGUGGCUGUACAACGACACACCAAGUGGGCAGUGGUGCGGGGGACGGAGUAACCCCUACUUCUGUUGCGGAGACCUAUCCCCGUUCACCACCGUAUUCGUAUGAGGCAGACAAGGAAUCGAAAAAACCGCGCUAUAUUGUGUUUGGUUGUCCCCCGGUACCAUUUAAUUGCAGGGAGCCAGGACCACAGAGUGCUGCAGAGAUGAAGAAGAUGAGGUACGGCUGUCCACCAGUGCCCUUCAAAGACAGGUCACGGGAGCAACGUUCCGAAUGGAAUUCGUUGAUGGACAGCUUGUUUCCAUCGGGAGCAGCUCACACUACGGCUUCGCCACAGAUGGAAAGCGAAAAGCCAAAAUUGUGGGGCUGUCCACCCGCACCCAUGUGCAAGAACUACCGGCAUUAAUUUUAACACCUUUUAUCAGGUUUUUAGGCGUGCAUUUCCGAUUAUAGUGAUCUACUGUCACUGGUAAAUGGCUAAAUCGUAUACUGUAACCGGAGUACUAAAUCAUUUUGUCCUUUAUUUUUUAUUUAUUUGCUUUUGCAAUGAAUUUUGUUCAGUAACACUGUAAUGUCUCACUCCGCCCAGGCUCUGUUUUAAUACCUAUGGCCCUUUUAUUGUCAUACAUAUAUUAAUAUUUACAUUUUAAUGCCAGAUAUAUUAUUACUUUCAAGACAGCGUAAUAAAAGAACUAUAUGUGAUA